CCCGUCACGUGCCCGCCCCCGCCCCCCCCCCGCGGCCCCCAGGCGGCUCCGGGCCGGUCGGUGGCGGCGGGGCCCGGCGAUGGCGCGCAGCGGGCGGGUGCUGGCCGCGGGGCUCGGCGCCACCGGCAGGCACUUGGCUUCCUGUGGUAUUCUGAUGACCAGAAUUUCUUCUCUGCAAGUACCUGUAAUGAGCCAUGCCUUUUCAAGAAGUUUCUUCAACAUUGCUGCACCACUAGUAAAUAAAAGAAAAGAAUAUUCUGAAAGAAGAAUUAUAGGAUAUUCUAUGCAGGAAAUGUAUGCAGUUGUUGCUGUUGUGGAAGAUUACAAACUAUUUGUGCCAUGGUGUAAGAAGUCAGAUAUAUUAUCAAAGCGCUCUGGAUACUGCAAAGCACAGCUAGAAAUAGGAUUCCCUCCUGUUGUAGAAAGGUAUACAUCAGUUGUUACCCUCGUGAGGCCGCAUUUAGUUAAGGCAUCCUGCACAGACGGAAGACUAUUUAAUCACUUGGAAACAGUGUGGCGUUUCAGCCCAGGUAUCCCUGGCUAUCCAAGGACAUGUACAUUGGAUUUUUCAAUUUCUUUUGAAUUUCGUUCGCUUCUACACUCACAACUUGCUACGCUGUUUUUUGAUGAAGUAGUCAAGCAGAUGGUCACUGCCUUUGAAAGAAGAGCAUCCAAACUCCAUGGCCCAGAAACAAGCAUACCUCGGGAGUUAAUGCUUCAUGAAGUUCAUCAAAUGUAAUGGGGAAAAUGUCAACAACCUCCAUUAUAAACUUGUUUGUACACUCUGUACAAGAGGUGGCAUGCUUCUUUUUGGGGCAUCUAUUUCAUAUCUGAGCUUUAUAUGUAAUUUUAUACUGUACAAAACACGCACGUGUUCAGCUAGAUCAAUGUAGUCUAUUCAAGCUGCUAUCAAGUGCAAUUCAAAGUGUUAUCAGUAACAGACAAUUGGCAUCUACUGUAACACAAGAUAACUCAGGCUGCUGUUUAUUAACCUGCCAAACGGUUUCUGUAAUCACAGCAUAAGCUCUGCCUUAUAAAACAAGCUAACA